AUAGAGUGAAAGUGAUUGAGACCUUCAUUGAAGCUCCUCCUACAACAAUCCACCAAUAAAUGCUGGAGUCAAACACACAGAGAAAUCACUCCAUGUGUGACAACUGAAAUCUUCAUCACAUAAUGUUGAUGCUGGUGAAAGAGGAACUUGAGAAGAUGACAGAUCCACAACCAUGCAGAAUAAAGGAUGAAGAUACUGAGGAACAAAUAGAUAUGAUUGGAAUAAACACGGAUCAUCGACUUGAACUUAAUGAAGUGGAUGAGAAACAUCAGAUUGUAAAAAUAAACCAUAAUGUUUCACAGAAAGAAACUCUAAAGACAGAAGACAUAAAGUGUGAAAAUAGUUUCAGAGAAGAUGAAUGCCCUGAAGAUCACAAGAGGACUCAUAGUGAGGAGAAACCUUUAACAUGUCAACAGUGUGGAAAGAGUUUCAGAAGAAAAGAGAAUCUUAAUGCACACAUGAUGAUUCACACUGGAGAGAAACGACACGUGUGCCAUCAGUGUGGAAAGAGUUUUACAACUGCAGGUAACCUUAAGAUACACGCGAGGAUUCACACUGGAGAGAAACCUUACACUUGUCAUCAAUGUGGAAAGAGUUUCUCUGUUGAACGUUACCUUAAAAUACAUGCAAGAAUUCACACAGGAGAGAAACCUUACACUUGUCAUCAAUGUGGAAAGAGUUUCUCUUUUGAAAGUAACCUUAAGGUACAUGCAAAGAUUCACACAGGAGAGAAACCAUUUGUGUGCCAUCACUGUGAAAAGAGUUUUAAAACUGCAGGUGAACUUAAGAUACACAUGCGGUCUCACACCGGAGAGAAACCACAUCUGUGCCAUCACUGUGAAAAGAGUUUUAAAACUGCAGGUGAACUUAAGACACAUUUGAGAAGUCACACCGGAGAGAAACCUUACACUUGUCAACAAUGUGGAAAGAGUUUCUCUGAUGAAAGUAACCUUAAGGUACAUGCAAGAAUUCACACCGGAGAGAAACCUUACACUUGUCAUCAAUGUGGAAUGAGUUACUUUGCUAAAAGUUACCUUAAAAUACAUGCAAGAAUUCACACUGGAGAAAAACCUUACAGAUGCCAUGAGUGUGAAAAAUGUUUCAGAACAAGAAGUAGCCUGAUAACACACAUGAAAAUUCACAAAGCAGAGAAACUUCACACGUGUCUUCAGUGUGGAAAGUGUUUCAGUUUGGAGAGUCACCUUAAGAGACACAUGAUGAUUCACAGUGAAAAGAAACCUCACGCAUGUUCUCAGUGUGAAAAGAGUUUCAGAGAUAAGUGUGAUCUUGAGAUUCACAUGAGAAGACACACUGGAGUGAAACCUUACAUAUGUCUUCAGUGUGAAAAAAGUUAUAUAAGUGAAAAAAACCUUAAGACACACAUGAAAGUUCACACUGAAGGAAAACCGUUCACUUGUCAACACUGUGGAAAGAGUUUUACAGUAAAGGGUACUCUUAACACACACAUGAGAAUCCACACUCGAUAGAAAUCAUUCAUGUGUCAACAGUGUGGAUAUGACAACAAAGAUUAGAAAUCAGCUGAGGUCUUAAUAAAACUGUGCGUAGGAUCCUUACUAAAAGUCUACAUGCGCACAAAUGCCCAAGAUGUCUGUACUUGUGUUCUUGUAGACUUGUAAAACGCCAUCAGUCACGGCCCAAGUACUGCUUCAAUUCCAACUUUGCAUCGUGCCAAGUUCAAAUAACAUCCCUGGAUGUGUUCUUGAUCAGCUUAUUUUAUCGAGGAUGCAUCAGGAGGUGACGUGUGUGGACUAAUGACGGCCAAGUUUCCCAGAAUGCAUUUUGCAUCAAGGGCAAUGAAGCUUAAAACCUGCAAAAGAUUUGAAAUAUUACUCUUUCUGUGUCAUUAAAUGUAGCCGUUUAGUCGGGAUAUAGAUAUGAAUAAAUCUUUAAAUCUGUCGUCAGUUAGUAAAGAUAGUGCCUAUAUAUUAAAAGAUUUUGAAUAUUUGAGAUCAAGGUGAUCAGCAGGCGGUCAGCGCUGUGUACACUGCCGAGGGCAGCCUUAUUUUGUCAAGUCCUUCUAAAAUGUGCCGCUAGCUCAGUGCAGCUGCUCUGCCCUUCAGUGUCUGAUGAUCAAACGUUUCCUGUAGUUUUUCACCAGGUUUGCACACACUGCGGGACGGAUUUUGGCCACUCCUCCACACAGAUCUUCUAUAGAUCAGUCAGGUUUCUGGUCUGUCGCUGAGAAACACGGAGUUUGAGCUCCCUCCAAAGAUUCUUUAUUGGGUUUAGGUCUGGAGACUGGCUAGGCCACGCCAGCACUUUGAUAUGCUUCUUACAGAGCCACUCCUUGGUUACCCUGGCUGUGUGCUUCGGGUCAUUGUCAUGUUGGAAGACCCAGCCUUGACCCAUUUUCAAUGCUCUAAAUGAGGGAAGGAGGUAGUUCCCCAAAAUCUCGCAAUACAUGGCCCCGGUCGUCCUCUCCUUAAUACAGUGCAGUCGCUUGUCCCAUGUGUAGAAAAACACCCCCAAAGAAUGAUGCUACCACCCCCAUGCUUCACAGUAGGGAUGGUGUUCUUGGGAUGGUACUCAUCAUUCUUCUUCCUCCAAAUACGUUUACUGGAAUUAUGACCAAAAAGUUAUAUUUUGGUCUCAUCUGACCACAUGACUUUCUCACAUGACUCCUCAGGAUCAUCCAAAUGGUCAUUGGCAAACUUAAGACGGGCCUGGACAUGUGCUGGUUUAAGCAGGGGAACCUUCCGUGCCAUGCAUGAUUUCAAACCAUGACGUCUUAGUGUAUUACCAACAGUAACCUUGGAAGCGGUGGUCCCAGCUCUUUUCAGGUCAUUGACCAGCUUCUCCCGUGUAGUUCUGGGCUGAUUUCCCACCUUUCUUAGGAUCAUUAAGACCCCACGAGGUAGGGCUGGGCGGUAUGACGGUAAAUUCCGUUGCCGCGGAAUCAGGGUCCGAAAUUAACACCCGCCAAGCGCCAAAUGCGGGUAGAUUUUCCGUUUGGCGACUAAAUUCAAAAGGCUACCCGCCACACUGGCGGGUGAUUUUCAUACCAAAAUAAUAAUGCAACAUAAUGUGUUUGCCAGUAACUAAUCUGGGAAUGAGGUGAGCUAGCCACAGAACGUCUCUACGCUCCAAGUCUCACACUAGAGACGGUUUGUUUCUAGCUACUGCAGGUAACUUGCGGUCUGCAUCCCCGCCCUGCCCGUCGGGCUAUCUUGACUUAUAGGGAGGAAACAAUAUAUUUAAAUGUUUAUGCAUUCUUUCACAGAUUUGGAUGGGUAAUAAUGGUGUAGGAAAUUCAGGCAUUUGGGUAUUUAAAUUACGUUUGAGCGCGCGCUCGAGUUUUACUUUCACUUUCGCGCGAAAAGACGCAGUACAAGAAGCAAUCCGUCAUGAUUUGUCAUGAAUUCGUUGCGCAAAUCCUCCAACUUCGUCCUGUCAGUCAUUACUAUCCUCACGUAAGAAAAUUAAAUCUCUUGCAGCAAGCUUUAAAGUGAUAUAGAUUGUACGGGCAGUGAAGAGAGUGACUUUGUGCAGAAUCUCUCUUAAAGCGACAGUAGCCCCUGUUUUUCUGAUCGAAAAAAUUAUCCAAUCUGUAACUGGAUGAUCCAAACUGUGGGUUUUGUGACCCACUAAACCACUUUUAAAUGGUGAGUAUAUCUGGUGUGGGGAUGAGCAGGAAAA